AUGGUGAGGCAGCGAUCCACCGCUUCUAGGCGCUCGUCCCAAAGCCGGGGUGCUUCCGAAAUUAGGUCAUUGCGAGCAGAGUCACUAGGUUCAAAGGCUGCGGAAACGGGAGCGUUGCAGAAGUUGACGAUAAAAAUCAAGCUCAAUCGCAAUUUCGACGAUACAUGCGAAAAGACUGAUCCGUUUGCUCCUACGGUGAACGAAGACAAUACAGACUACAACAAUGACCUUCCAUACUACUCGGUUUCGCAACCGUCAGUGACGACGCGGACUGGACGGACAAUACAUAAGCCACAGCAUGAGGAUGUCAUACAGGGCGGUGACUAUGAACAGAUCAUGGGUCUUAGCUCUGAGGGCUUUGGAGAGGACGACUUCAAGUUUCAACCAGACUUCUCGCGCGAUCUGCGUAAGUGCUCAUCGUCACAAAAACAUCAGAAAAAGCGAGGCGUGGGUCGUCCACGCGGCAAACAACCAUGCUUCACGUCCCACUUGGAUAGGGUUAGUGAGGAAGAAGACUGGCCAUCAUCAUCUACACUCCCAGCCCAGUCUUCUUUCGAGUACAACAGCUUCCAGCCAAGUCAGGACGUCUACGACAUCCUGAAUAGCCUCAAAGCUAGCACCAAAACUCACAUCGACCUGCCUAGUCUCAGCAACGCCGCCGACCCCGACGCCAUCCAACCCUACAGCGCCGAGCUCCUCACCAACCUCUACAUAAUCUGCUACCACGGAAGCCUCUGGAAUCUCUGCGACCUAAUCACCGACACCUGGAUCCGCGCCUUCCACGAGCGCCGCAAGAAAUCCCAAAACGACCCCGCCUACACCCUGUGGCGCCCCAACAAAGCUCUCGAAGCCCGCAAACAUGCAGCCCACCAAGCUCGCCUCAACGGCGUCCACAUCCCCUCAGAAUUCGAUCCCAACCCUGUAAACCUGCACCUCGACCCCACAGACCCUGAUCUCGAACCCAACGUAACAGACCCGCCCCUCCACCUCCUCACAUACCUCUACCACCACACCCCGCCCACCUGCGGCGCACGCAUACUAUGGGCCGACGCGCUGGCGCUGGCGGGUGAUCAGACAGAGAAGGGGAUGGAAGCGGCGCAGAGGAGGGGAGAAGAGGUGCAUCCGGAGUUGGUGUGGAAUGUUAUGCAGAGUGGGUUGAGGAUGGUGAGGAGGCGGUUGACGAUGAAGUGUGAGGAGAGUACUGAGGGAGCGUGGUGUAGGCGGUAUCAUGAGCAUGGGAGGAAUGGAGGGAGGUGUUAUAGGGAGGUUGCUGCGGAGGAAGACGAGGAA